CUGCGAGAGGAAGAAAGCUAGUGAGGGUUGACUGUUAAUUUUCCUGCCAUACAAAGACUUAUCCUCUACGGAAAGGAUUUAUCCUUUUUAAUGCUCACUUUUUGUUUUCUCAUUUUGAUACUUUGUGGAUUUUAUGGACCUUGGACUACAGAGAAGUCUUGAAAAAUAUUAAAAUCCUCAUUGGACUUUGUGACAGGAUCCAAACUUUUAUUACAGGAUUGACCAGACUUACGUUUAGUUCAAGUCGUCAGCUGUGUGGGAAUAUUAGUUUGACUUUGACAUGGGGUCUGGGAAGGAGCUUCUUAUUCUUGGCUUAUUGUGUAUGCUGGGAAAAUGUUUUUGUGACUGUGAGGAAGGCUUCAUCGCAGAAGGCAGCAAGUGUAUCGAUGAAGACGAAUGCGUGAGCAAUGUGAAUUUAUGUGGCAAUUACUCAACAUGCACAAACACACAAGGCAGCUUUAAAUGUCAGUGUCUGGAUGGAUACAAAGACACUGGAGGGAAAAUUACGUUUGCUGGCGAUGGACAGUGCAAAGAUAUCAACGAGUGCACCGACAACCGUGAUAUCUGUGGUCAAGGUGGUAAUUGUUCCAACCUAAUUGGGAGCUACCAGUGCACCUGCCAUUCUGGGUAUACAAACGACAGCAAAAGUAGCCAUGGACACUGCAUAGAUAUCAAUGAGUGCACCAACAACAGUGAUAUCUGUGGUCAAGGUGGUAAUUGUUCUAACCUGCAUGGGACCUACCAGUGCAUCUGCCAUUCUGGGUAUACAAACGACAGCAAAAGUAGCCAUGGACACUGCAUAGACAUAAAUGAAUGCAACGAAGCUGAAAGGAAAGCAGAAGACCUCUGUGGACCAAAGGGUUCUUGUAAAAACAUCAAUGGGAGUUACUGGUGCAAGUGCCAAAAAGGAUACACUAAUUAUGGCCACGAAAGGACUCCAUGCUCAGAGCUUGACUGUGACAAAGGCACCAGCGGGCCUACACCGUCGCUUGGGGGCCUGGCAGACAUUUUGCUCAUGAUGAAAAACAACUGUUUGGCUCUGUCAAACCCUGGUGAAGUGAAAGGUGAUGGAGAGGUGCUACUGGAGAAACUUUUCACAGCGACCGAAGCCAUCCUGUCCCCUGGUCAACUGAACAACAGUGAAUAUGUGACUGGACUGCUCGGUACGGUGGAAAAUGCUAUUAUGCUCAUUGGUCCACAACUCAAAGCUAACAGCAACAAGAUCGAGACCACUGAGACAGAGGCAGAGAUUGCAGUGCAGAGAGGAAAGACUCGACCCACAGGAUCAAUUCAUUUGACCAACGAGAAUGCUGAACUCCACACUGACUGGACAACAGCAGCUGGGACGGGAUCAUACUCUGGUAUUGCACUGGCUGCAUUGUUGACAUACAAAAACCUUGAGACCUCUGUUAAUCGGUCAUUUGAGAACCUCACAGGUUUUGAAGAAGACGGAGUGAAUCCCACCUUUAAUAUCUUUUCUAAAGUUGUCUCUGUUGUGGUUUCCAACCCAUCCACUCAGAACCUGAGCCACCCUGUCAAGAUCACUUUCAGACAUCUACAGGACAAAAAGGAGUCUGAUGAAGAGAUGAAGAUGAAGUAUAUCUGUGCGUACUGGACUGAGGAAGGGACCUGGUCCACAAACGGUUGCGAACAAGAGAGCAACACCAGCACACAUACUGUGUGUGUAUGUCAUCAUCUGAGCAGCUUCGCUGUGCUCAUGGCUCUCUACCCUAUAAAGCACACCUUUGGGCUCCAGAUGGUGACCAAGAUAGGGCUGACCAUCUCCCUGCUGUGUCUCAUACUGUGCAUCCUGACGUUCAAGUUCUGCCGCUCCAUACAAGGAACACGCACCACCAUCCACCUGCACCUCUGUAUCUGCCUCUUUGUGGCAGACCUUGUCUUUCUGGCCGGCAUUUCACAAACGAAACCUGUGGGCGGCUGUAGGUUUGUUGCAGCAAUGCUCCAUUACUUCUUUUUGGGAGUUUUUACCUGGAUGCUGUUGGAAGGGGUGCAGCUGUACCGUAUGGUGGUUCUGGUGUUCAAUGCCAACAUUCGGCCCCUCUACUUAUACCUCACUGGUUAUGGGAUCCCCCUUGGUAUUGUCAUUAUAUCUGCCAUCAUCAGACCAUAUGGAUAUGGCACUGACCAGCACUGCUGGCUCUCCCUGAAUGAUGGCCUCAUCUGGAGUUUCUUCGGCCCUGUGUGCCUCAUCAUCUUCCUCAACGUCUUCUUUUUCAUCGUCACCGUCUGGAAGCUCGCCCAGAAGUUCACCAGCCUCAACCCAGACCUCUCCAAACUACACAAAAUCAAAGCUUUCACAGUGACAGCUAUUGCACAGAUGUGCAUACUGGGUUUGAUGUGGGUGUUUGGGGCUUUCCUGUUUCAAAAGGACUCCUUAGUGGUGGCAUACAUCUUCACUCUCCUCAACAGCCUGCAGGGAGCACUGGUAUUCAUCAUGCACUGCCUGCUGUCUAAACAGGUGAGAGAUGAGUACACCCAUUUCCUCUCCUGUAUCUGCACACCACCGAAGAAGAGAUACUCAGACUUCAGCAGUACCAAUCCCUCCAGUACUCAGUCACAAGGUACACGGAGCGGACAGCACACAGGAGAAUCCCAAAUAUGACACACUCUGUUGUUUAUUCCACCCCAAAGACAAACGAUCACAAAUAUCUAGGCUAAGUUAAGGUUUGGAUCCCUUAAAAUAAAAAUCAGUCACCUUGUUGUCAGCUAAAUCUCUAUUUUAGUCUUGUUAAAUCAUUGCACCAAUUAGUUUAAUGGUGAAACACAUUAAACACACAACUUUAUACCUGUACAUCACAUCACCUGGCCUCGCAGAUAAAUCUGAGGUGAUGUUUAACAAGAAAGAAAAUAAUACAGACAAUAUUUCUGAUAUAUAAAUUUAUGUAAAUUCGUACCAAGUUCAGUUUUUCGCAAAAUCAAAACAAUCAAAAUAUUAAAAUGAAACCAGAGAAAGAACUGGCUGAACUCCUUAAAACAAACCGCUCAAACAUACAUCAAAAUAUCCCCAGUAGGUAAAUGUCAGACCUUUCAUGCCCUAAUGAGAAUAGUGGGACCAAAGUUUUUAUUUAAAAAAAUAAAAAGCCAAAAAGGGUCAGAAAGUCUAACAUUUUGCUUAUUGUCCUCACUGAUAACAUCCUGUAGUUCUCUAAAUGUUGAUGAAGUUGAUAAUGACUGAAUUUUUAUUUUAGUGUGAACUAAUCCUAUAAAUGUUCCAGUAUCAGCAGGCAAGAAGUAGCCAACUUUUAAAAAAGUGUGUAUUCAGGAGCUCUUUAAGUCAAAGUAAAGAUAUUUCUGUUGAUUAUCGGUUCAUCCAAAACAUAUCGCAAUCAUAACAUAAGCUGUAUUCCCUUUUUAAAGUGAUAUUGAUACAGAUAUAUAUUUAUUAAGUGCGGAUUAUAAAGUCUACAUUGUGCAGGCUACAAGAAAAUAUGAGUGAUGCUUUUAAUGUUAAAAGCCAGAGCAAACAGUUUGUGCUUUUUUGUGCUUUGUUUUAUAUAAAUGUUUUCUGUAAAAAUAAGGGUGGCUGCUCUUUUCGUUCAUGGGAUUUUCAAAGAAAAUAUUUGUUUCCAUGUUGUAAUGUAAUCAAAGAAAUAUCUGAGUGGUGGUACAAAUGGCCCGUGAAGUGCCUCUGUGUUCUUGCAAAACCCAUGUGGACUCCAUGUUUAUUGAUUUUAAACAAAAUAAGUGAUGUUUUUUUAUCACUUGUGGCUAUUUUUAAACAAUAUAUAUUGGUUUGCAGUUCAGUUGUGCCUUUUGUCACUGGUGUAUUAUAUAUUUUAUCCUCAAAAUGAUCCACCGAGAAAACAAAUCUAGCCCCAAGGUUGCAUAGGAAGUAGACAAAACCAGACCCACCCUUCUGAUAAGCCUGCAGUUUCCUGCAAUUAGACCGUGUUUAUGGAAUAAAAUUCACUUUGUUAUCAUGUUUUCUUAUUAUAGCUGUUAGCUAAUGCCUCAACACUCACACAGCAUCACAUCCCUGAAAUGAGAAUUUAGACCUCUUUGUUAAGGUCUAAUGGGAGUUAUACAGACCUGAUUAUUUUAUUUUAUUUUAUUGCACUUUUCUUUGUAAAAAUGUUAAUCCAGCACAUAUUCACUCACACAGUGCAUGGGAGAAUCUAGAAAACUUGAGAUCCAGCCACACUUACAGAACUUGAACAGUUUAUUUGUUGUAAUAAAGCUACAAUUGUAUAUUUUUCUAUUUUAUAGAAAUUGAUCAGAUUGUUUUAAAGACACUGAUCUUCAGAGAAAAAAAAUCAAAUCAAUCUUUGUAUGUGAAAGGUUUUGACUUAUCUUUUUUUGUUUGUUCAUAUUUAAAUUGCCUGAUUAAGGCCUUGUAUGUGUUGGUUUUAACACCUAAACUGUUCUGCGGUUCUUUUGUGUGGCUGCGCUUUUUUGUGACCUUUUAUUCAUGUUUUGCAAAAUGUAUUAUAUGUGAAAAAGCUAAAUGCAUUAUGCAGCAUUUUGUGAAUGUAAGAAUCUUAUUGUUAGAAUAUAAUAGACAUUCUAGUAUGAAGUUAUAUGAACUUAUUUUUCUACUUUGUUCUGUUGUUUGUUGUACGGUACUAUUUUCUUUAAAGAAUAUUCACCACAGAUUUUAUUAAAGCUUACUUCAUC